AAACUUUUGAGGUUCACCAUGUCAAUAGACAACUUUUGAGCUUCUCCAUGUCAACAGUCUUUUAAUGGAAAUGUCUGAACCCUUAACACCCUUUUUGUUCAUUUCUUUUUUUUUUCCAACGUUCAAUGUUUGAUCAAUAUCAGAUUUCAGAUUUCUUUUCAAAAUACAUAAAGCUGCUGUUUAUCCUAUAUCCAGAGAAACCACGGACAAAGCUCUGCAAGUUAAUAUUACUAUUGUGCUGAAAUAUUCAGUAUGUUGGGGAUAUAUGUACUUAAUCCAUGAUGAACGAUUUAAUUAUCUUUAUGAAAAGUCCAUUUGAGGUCAAGCUUAGUACGAACAAAACCUUUUUGUCCAACUGACUUCGUCUGCAAGCACCGAGAGGUUUUUUACUUUUUCAGCAAUUCUGAUUGAUCAAAAUGACGGUUCUUUUCAUCCUGAAGAAAAAGCCACAAAAGGGUAUGACACUAAAGGGAGCUAAUUGCAGAUAAUAGUUAGACCGUGAAGUUAAAAAAAGGAAAGAGACAAUGAUGGAGGAGGAAGUUUCAGACAAGGGAAAGAAAGCUAACAGAGACACUUUCACUGAUAUUGUGUUUUCUUGGUCCGUAGAGGAUAUUUUCAAUGAAAAUCUUUAUCAGAAUCAGGUUCAAGAAAUUCCGCUCUCAUUUUUCUCAGAGCAUCAUUAUUUUGAUUCAUUUAAGUUGCCAUUAGUGGAAGAAACAAGAGCAGAACUUUCUUCCAAGCUACAAGCUAUAUCCAGAGCCUCAUAUGCUGAAAUUGAAUCACUAGAGGAAACCAAUGCAAAUGGAAAAUCGUGCGUAUAUGAUAUCAAGGUUGAUUAUUGGAGAAACAACUUAAAUGAUGUUUACAGAAGAAAGCACUCAUACCGAGUGUUUCCUGGAGAUGUUUUUGUUUUGACAGAUGCUAAACCUGAAGGCAAUUCAGAUUUGGAAGCAGUAUUGGGAAAGAAAUGGACAUUGGCAUUGGCUGAAACAGUAAUGGAGGAUAAUGUUUCCUUAAAAAUACAAGCAUCUCAAGCUAAUGUGAUUGCAGCUGAAAAUGUCAUCAGGAAACAUUCAUGUUUGGUUUUCUUGAUGAAUAUAAGAACAAACGAAAGAAUAUGGAAUUCCCUAAACAUGAAUGGAAAUCUGUCAGUCGUCAGAGAAGUUUUGUGUUCAGAGCAGGUGCAGAAGAAUAUGAGGCUUUGUUCUGUACAGCAGAAUUGCUGCUUGGUGAAAGAAUAUGAUGCAUCUUCGCUGUCAAAUCUAGAUGAAUCACAAAAAAAGGCAGUUUUGGAUACACUUGGUAAAGUUCAGUGCAACUGCAAAGCUAGUGUUCAACUUAUAUGGGGUCCACCAGGGACAGGGAAAACUACAACCCUUUGUGUUUUGCUCCUCAAUUUGUCAAGAAUGAAGUGUAGGGUUCUUGUUUGCGCUCCAAGAAACAUUGCAGUUGCAGAAUUGGGUGUCCAUUUUCUAAAGCUAGUUAAAGAGUCACACAAGACAAGGAAUGCGAAGGAUUCUUUGUACCAUUCAUGGGGUGACAUUCUAGUAUUUGGAAAUUUAGAGGGGACGGAAGCUAUUUCAGAGAUAGAAGAGAUUCAUUUGGAAUAUCGUGUGAAAAAGCUUUUGGAGGUAUUUGAACCUUGUAGUGGUUGGAGGAAGUCUGUUAGGAAAAUGAUUGAUCUUGUUGAAGGUUGUGUUUCUGGGUAUAAUUUCUUCAAAAAUGAAACUGAAAUGAAGAAAAUCAGUAGCUUGAACGAUGCUAGCAAAGAAGUCUCCAAGUUUUUUCCAGAGUUCAUGAGAGAAAAAUUCAAUUCUCUGUCAUUGCAAAUUAAGUAUUGCAUCUCAAUUCUCUGUACGCAUUUGCCCAGAAAUUUCAUACCAGAUUAUAAUUUUGAACAAAUUUCUCAACUUGUUGCUUUACUUGAUUCAAUUGAAUUGCUGUUUUCUCAAAUAUAUGCAAAUUCCGAAGAACUUCUGGAUGUGGAUUUUUUGGAUUCAAAUAGAAUCGAGGGUGGUCAAUCUGUCAUGAAUACAUUAACCCUUUUUUAUUUGAGGACAAAGGAAUGUAUUUCUAGUCUUCAAGCUCUGCUUCGUUUCUUUGAUAGACUUCUUCCAACCACCAUGGAUACAUCUUCAGCAAGGGAUUUCUGUUUCAGGAUGGCUUCCUUAAUAUUUUGCACUUGUUCUUCUUCAUAUGAACUGCAUUCAAUGAUAAUGGAGCCACUGAACUUGUUAAUAAUUGAUGAUGCUGCGCAGUUAAAGGAGUGCGAAUUGUCCAUUCCCUUGCAACUACCGGGUCUGAAACGUGCUAUUCUUUUUGGUGAUCAUUGCCAAUUAUCAGCAUCCGUCAGCAGUAAUGUUUCUGCAAAUGCUGGUCUAGCAAGAAGCUUGUUUGAACGCAUGAUCUUGAUGGAUGUGCCAAAGAAUGUUUUGGACGUGCAGUAUAGGAUGCAUCCUUUCAUUAGUUCCUUCCCAAAUUCUAAGUUCUAUGCGAACCAAAUAUCAGAUGCACCGAAUGUUAGACGAAAAGAUUACUGUAAACACUACCUUCCAGGACCACUUUUUGGCACCUAUUCUUUCAUUAAUAUUUCUUGUGGAAAAGAAGAAAUGGACGAUGCUCAAUAUAGCAGAAAAAAUAUGCUUGAGGUUGCUGUUGUGGUAAAAAUCAUAGACAAUCUAUACAAAGCCUGGAAGGAGUUAAAACAGCAGCUCAGCAUUGGUAUAACAUCUCCAAGCACAGCGCAAGUACUUGAAAUACAGGAGAGACUUGAAGAUAAGUACAAGUGCUUUGAUGGGUUUAAAGUGAAAGUGAGGCCAAUUAAGGCAUUACAGGGUGAAGAAGAAGACAUAAUAAUUUUGUCCACUGUAAGAUCAAAUCGUGGUGGUUCAAUUGGACUACUUUCUGAUCACCGGAUAACUAAUGUUGCUUUGACAAGGGCCAGACACUGUCUUUGGAUUUUGGGGAAUGAAAGAGCCCUAUCCGAAAGUGAGUCAGUCUGGACAUCUAUUGUACAUGAUGCUAAGGAUCAUCAGUGCUUCUUCAACGUCGAUGAAGAUGAAAACCUUAUGAAAUUUAUAAUAGAAGUCAAGAAAGAGCUGGAUCAAUUUGAUGAAUUGCUUGAUGCUGAUAGUUUUAUUUUCAGAAAUGCUAGAUGGGAGGUUCUGAUAAGUCAAAACUUCAAGAGCUCAUUCCAAAAAAUUAAGUCAUUUCAAAUGAAGAAGCUAGUAGUCAAUCUGUUACGGAUGCUUGCUAGUGGUUGGAGGCCAAAGAAAAGGAAAAGAAACAUAAUCUGCGAACUGUCAAAGCAGAUUUUGAAACAAUUCAAAGUUAAGGAUCUAUAUGUUGUUUGCAGCGUUGAUAUUGUAAAGAGAUCAUCAUACAUCCAAGUCUUGAAUGUUUGGGAUAUACUGCCAUUGGUAGAAAUUCCAGACUUGGUUAAGCGUCUUGAUAUCGUAUUCUGUACAUACACCGAUAAGUUUCUUAAUCACUGCAAGCAAAAAUUUUUAGAAGGAGAUCUUGAAGUUCCUCUGAGUUGGGAAGCUUCCAAUGAUAUUGUCCGCCAUAAGAGCUCUAGCGACAUUGAAGGAGCAAAUGAGUUUAACACUGAAGCUCUUAACAGAACAAAUAGUUGCAGCAGCUUGUUACAGAUGAAAUUCUUCUCCUUGGCGUCCGGGAUUGCAAGUCAUUUGCUCUCUAGCUGUGAUGGUGAAGAAAUAGAAUUUCCAUUUGAACCAAGUAGCGAAGAAACAGAGAUUAUUCAUUUCAAUAGAAGCUCCUUUGUACUUGGUAGAUCAGGGACUGGAAAAACAACUAUUUUGAUUGGAAAGUUAUUUCAGAAAGAGCAGCUGCAUCAUAUAGCUUCAGAAGGUUUUCAUGAAUUAAACUGUUGUCCUUCCAAGGAUAAUAAAACAGAGGAUGGUGAAAGGGCUGAAGAUAUCGAGGAAUCUCAUCUAAGGCAAAUUUUUGUCACAUUUAGCCCUAACCUUUGUUAUGCUGUUAAACAACAUAUUUCAGGCUUGAAAAGAUUUGCUUGUGGUGGGAAUUCUUCGAAAGAGAGCACAACGGCUCGUUUGGAUGACAUUGAUGGAUCCAUGGAGUUUACAGAUAUACCAGAUUCUUUUAUUGAUCUGCCUCCAAAAUUAUACCCACUUGUUAUAACUUUUCAUAAGUUCCUCAUGAUGCUGAAUGGUACAGUAGGCAAUUCAUUCUUUCAUAGAUUCCCUGAAGCAAGAGGGCCUUCUCAUGGCAAUACAAGAAGUUCAAAGUCACUGGCUCUGAAAACUUUUAUUAGAAUGAAGGAGGUUAAUUUUGACAAAUUCAAAUCAUCUUACUGGCCCCAUUUCAGUAUGCACCUACCCAAGAAUCUUGAAUCGUCCACUGUUUUCACAGAAAUAAUGUCUUAUAUAAAGGGUAAGUUGCAAACUGGGAAGGCUUGUGAUGAUAAACUUCGGAGGGAUUACAUUUCACUAUCCAAUAGGCGGGUUUCAAAGUUGAGCAUGGAAGAAAGAGAAAUAGUAUAUGACAUUUUUCUAAAAUAUGAAAAGAGAAAGAUGGAAAAUGGUGAAUAUGAUUUGGCAGAUUUAGUUUCUGAUCUUCAUCAUCGACUCAGAGAAAACAAAUAUGAGGGCGACAAAUUGGAUUUUGUGUACAUUGAUGAGGUUCAGGAUCUAACCAUGAGACAAAUUUCGCUAUUCAAAUAUUUAUGCAGAAAUGUGGAUGCUGGCUUUGUUUUCUCGGGUGACACUGCCCAGACAAUAGCCAGGGGGGUUGAUUUUAGAUUUGAAGAUAUAAGAAGUCUUUUCUAUGAGGAAUUUGUGAUGAAAUCCAGUUGUGAAGAGGCUUACAGGACAAGUAAGCAUGUUAAAAUCGCUGACAAUUUUCAAUUAAGCCAGAAUUUCCGUACACAUGCUGGUGUUUUGAAGUUGGCUCAAAGUGUCAUUGACCUCCUGUAUUAUUUCUUUCCACAAUCUAUUGAUGUCUUGAACCCCGAGACUAGUUUGAUUCAUGAGAAAACUCCAGUUUUAAUUGAAUCUGAGAACAUCGAAAAGGAUUUUACUAAAAUGUUCGAAGCUUUUGGAGGUUCUGGCAAUAAUCUUACAGGUUUUGGAGCAGAGCAGGUGGUAUUAGUACGAGAUGAAAAUAUUAAGAAUAAAAUUUUGAACUCCAUUGGAAAGCAUGCCCUUGUUCUGACUAUAAUGGAAUGCAAAGGCCUGGAGUUUCAGGAUGUGUUGCUGUACAAUUUGCUUGGUUCAUCACCUCUGAAAAAUCAAUGGAGAGUCAUAUACGAGUAUAUGCAGGAAAGAAAUCUCUUGGACCCUGAUUCUGCAAAAUCUAUUCAAAUUUUCAAUCAGGCAAAACACAAGCUUUUAUGUUUUGAGCUGAAGCAGUUAUAUGUAGCCAUUACACGUACAAGGCAAAGGCUAUGGAUCUUUGAGACUAUGGAGGAGCACCAUAAACCUUUAUUUGACUACUGGAAGAAAUUGAAAGUUGUCCAAGUCGGAGAUUUUCAUGAGUUACACGUGAAAGAUAUCCAAGUUACAAGCUGCAAAGAGGACUGGGAGUCACGCGGUGUCAAGCUUUUUCAUGAGUGUAACUAUGAAUCUGCAAAAAUGUGCUUUCAAAGAGCAGGCAAUACAGUUUGGGAAGAGUUGGCUGAGGCUGCUAGCCUCCGAGCUUCUGCUCAGCAUAUAAGUAGUUCAGAUACCAAAAAGGCUCAUAUAUAUCUCAAGAAGGCUGCUAAAUUAUAUAUUUCAAUUGGAAAAUUUGAGCUAGCUGCGCAAUGUUACUAUGAGUCGAAUGAGUAUGAAGAAGCAGGUACCAUUUAUCUGGAGAAAUGUGGGGACUCUAGGCUGGAAGAAGCUGGAGAGUGUUUUACUCGGGCAAGAUCUUACAAGCUUGCUGCUGAUGCAUAUGCAAAGGGCAAGCUAUACUCAAAUUGCAUUGAUGCUUGCAUUCAGGGAAAGUUAUUUGACGAGGGGUUAAAGUACAUCCUUCUCAGGAGAAAGGACGCAACCGAGAGUAAGAAGACAAAAAAAUACAUUCGUGAAAUAGAGGCCAAGGAACAGGAGCUUUUGGAAGGUGCUGCACGAAGUUACAAAAAUCUUAAAGAUAACAACAAAAUGAUGAAAUUCGUUAAGGCUUUUUGUUCUAAGGAUUUAGCUCGAUCUUUCUUAAGGAAUGAAAAUCUCCUUGAUCAGCUUCUGAAAUUGGAAUGUGAAUGGGGUUGCUUUCUAAAUGCUGCAAGCGUAGCAAAGCAAAUUGGAAAUCUUAUGCUUGAGGUUGAACUGCUUGAGAAGGCUGGACAUUUUAGAGAAGCGUCGUUAGCUAUUCUACUCCAUGUGUUUGCCAAAUCUUUUUUGGCAGGUGGAAGCAAUGGCUGGACCAUGGUGAAAUUUGCAGAAAAGCAGGAGCUUUUAGAUAAGGCUAAAGCAUUGGCAAAGAAAGUUUCACCCUUCUUCUUUGAGUUUGUCUGUUUAGAGGAAAAUAUUUUCUCAGAAAAAGAAGUCCCGUUGUCCAAUUUGAUGCAAUUAUUUAGUGAUUCUGUGAGGCUUCAAAGUGUUAGAGGGGAAUUCUUAUGUUCCCUAAAAAUUCUGACGGUUCAUUUUGAUUUUGUGUGUUCGAAGUAUUUGCAGAACCAUGAUUUGUCUGCUGAUCUGAAAACACAUGCAGAAGGGGUUUUGUCAAUGAACCAAGUUUCUGUUGAUACACUGGUUUACUUUUGGAAUAUUUGGAAGCAGAAUAUUGGGAAGGUUUUUGGGUAUCUCAGCUGUCCUGAAAACCAAAGUGUUUGGGGAGAGUUCUGUUUGAGCUACUUGGGUGUGAGGAAGCAGUUUCAAAAAAAGAAGGUCACCUAUAUUUUGCAUUGUUCUGAUGCCUACUGGAUAAGCAAAAGUGAUUAUCCAAAUCUGCGGCCAAAGGGGAAAUCAGUAAACUUGAAUCCUGACCAGUUUGCUAAUGCUGCUCGCAAUUAUUGGAGCUCAGAAAUGACCAGUGCUGGUAUAAAGGUGUUAGAAAAGCUUAGAUCCCUUUAUGAGUUGUCAACAAAGGAAUCCUUGGCUAUACAUCACAAGAGCAUCAUUCUUAUCCGUAUGUUUGAAGUUGCUAACUCUCUCAUCAAGUCCAAGUUUAUGCACCACGAAUAUAUGCUUAAGGUUAAGGACUACCUUGAGCUAUCUGGAGAUCGCUUGUUUAGGACUAUAUUUCCCCUGGAUUUGAGAAAUUCAUCAACAAAGAAUAUGGUUAACCUGAGGGGCAGAGGUGAAGUCAAGAAUGCUGUCCGAGAAAUCUUCAACAGAAACAUUAGCUCAAAAAGUCAUCUGUCCCUCGGGGAAAUUGUGAAUCUGGUGAUGAUGGUUAUGAGAGUGUCUAGAAAACUUGGUGGUGAACUAUGUCAACAAAUUUCUGAGAGGUCUAAAAAUCAUCCAUUGUGGAGAUCAUGCAUUGUAAGUUUGGAGGAGAACUUGAGACUAGAAUCAAAGCCGGGGUCUUCAUCUGCUAUUUCCCUUCAUCCUCGGAAACAUGUUUCUCUUGUUGAAAAUUUCCAUAAAGCUUUGAGAAACACUUACUUUUCAGACUUAAUAACUGAGAGUGUAUCACCAGGAUGUCUCAUGUACCUCGUCGAGCGCCUUCUGCUUCUAGUGUUCUACUCUCAAGGAUACUUUUUCUCUACAAAAUCAACAUUUCUUGAAUGGCUUAUACAUGAGGAUUGGAAUCCAAAAAUCAGUAGACGUGCUGCAUUUGAUUGGCAGUCACGUUUUGUUACUGUCCUUGACCUUGUGGCAGGCAUAGUUGAAGAACUUCUAUGUAAUGAGCAGGAUGCCAUCAAAUGGAUUCAAAGUUCUAAAAUUAGCUCAGAAUUCCAUCCAGUGCUGGUGUUGAGAUUGUUCACUGUUUUGUGCUUACUUUGUUUGAACUCGAGGAAGUAUUUUGAGUUACUUUUCAAGUUACUAGAAAACAAAGAGAUUUCUUCAAAACUACCACAACAGUUUUGCAGAACCAUUCAAAGACUGAAGCCAGGAUAUUUGAAUGCGAAUGUUAAUGUCUUUGCAGAAGCUUUUGGAAAGAUUGGAAAUCCAUUGGUGAUAGUGAGGUCAAGAAAAAAAUGCUUAAACUUUGAAUGCCAAAAUGCCAUCUUUGUAGACUUGAAUGUUGACUAUGGCAGAGACAAGUUGAUGAGCAUAAUGUUGUAGCUCAUGUUCAGGUUUUCUUCAGCCAGAACUAAAAAAAGUAUAUAUAUAUAUAUAUAUAUAUAUGUAUAUAUGGUUGAGGUGAAAAUUUCUGCUUUAUUGUAGAACUCAAUUUCCUUGGUGUUCAUCACUUCCAAAUUUUCUUUUUACUGUUUUUAAAAGUUUGUACAUUUAUCAAUAUAAUGUGAUGAGUCCAUUGCCAUAAAAAAUGAAAAGUAAUUUAUCAACUGAUGAUGGCAUCUUGGUAUCUUUCUAUCUUUAAGGAAAAAAUAAAAAAUAAAAAAACAGUUCAGUUAAAUAA